AUGUCUGCUGAUGAGACAACAAUCGUUUCGAUUGAUAAUUCAUUACAAACAUCAUUUAAUCAAAUAGCUGAUACUGAAGUUGAAAAUUUCUUUGGUUGUUAUUUAUUAAAUAGUUUAAAUCCAAAAUGUAAAGGUCGAACUUAUAUUGGUUUUACUGUUAAUCUUAAUCGACGAAUAAAACAACAUAAUAAAGGAAAAGAUUUUGGUGGCGCUAAACGAACAAGUGGAAAAGGACCAUGGGAAAUGGUUUUAAUUGUACAUGGUUUUCCUAAUGAAAUUUCUGCAUUACGAUUCGAAUGGGCAUGGCAAAAUCCUGAACAAUCUGUACGUCUUAAACAUUUAAAUCUACCUAAAACUAAACGAUUUAGCUUAAAAUUUAAAUUACAAAUACUUGCAGAAAUGCUUUCAAUUGGUCCAUGGACACGUUUACCACUUACAAUUCGAUGGUUAACAGAUAAAAAACAAACCUUAGAAAAACUCCCACCAUUUCACAUGCCAAUAACAAGUGGACCAAUAAAUGUAUCGAAAAAUACAAAUACAAUACCAUCAAAACGAAAGAAAAUUAACAAUCAAGUUUUAUCAACAGAAAAUGAUGAUACAAAAUCGCUUGCGUCUUGUUCUCUUUGUAAUGAUAAUAUACAGCCAAUAAUGUAUGUAUCAUGUCCGAAAUGUUCUACACCAUUUCAUAUUAUAUGUUUAUCAAAAUAUUUUCUUAAUAAUACACAACAACAUUAUAUUAUUCCCAUAGAUGGCUCAUGUCCAUCUUGUAAAAAAAGUUUAUUAUGGGGUGAAAUUAUACAAAAUAAAUAUACUAAUCGAUCAUUAUCAUUAGCAACAGCCAAUUCUCAUAAUGAAUCAGAUGAUGAAGAUAUCAUUUUCUAA